GUGUUAAGUGAUUACGUUUGUGUUGAUGUAUGGUAAUAUUUGUAAAAUGCCAUCUUGUACAGUGAAGUUUUGUAAAAAUCAUAACAAAAACAGAAGAAACAGCAAUGUGCAUUAUCAUAGAUUCCCACAAGAUUCUGUGUUACGUGAAAUAUGGAGAAAAGCUUGUGGAGUUGAAGAACUUAAACUAGAAAAUGCUCGUAUUUGCUCAGAUCACUUUAAUAAUAGUUGCUAUGAAGAAAAAUCUCCUAAUAGAAGUAAUCAUUCUAGAGUUCGUCAUUUUCCCAAACUAAAAAAGACUGCUGUUCCAAUGAAAAAUAUGCAACAGAAUGAAAUAGUUUUUCAAAGUCAAAACCAACAAAAUGUCUUAAGACGGGGUAGAAAAAGGAAAUCGUUGAUGGCCACCAAGCAAGAUGAGGUGAUAGUUCAUAAAAAAGCAAAUUUUGAUGGAAAUGAAGGUUCAAAAUCAAAUAUUGAUGGGGAUCUUUGGAAUAAAAAUUAUGGAGAAACUACUGAAUAUGAUGAACCUCUUCCACUCCAAAGUAGUUCAACAUAUCAGCUGGAACCAGCUGAAUGUUUACAUGUACCAGAGGAAUCGAAUAUACUAUUUACUAGCAUUGAAGAUCAAAGCCAACUAAAUUCAUCAUAUCACCUAGAUAAUAGUUUAGCAACAGAAAACUUAUAUUUGAAGAUUGAAAAUGGUAAAUUGAAGUCAAAAUCUAAUCAUUAUGAAAGUAUUAUGGAAAAUUUAAAAAAUGAAAAUCAGAAUUUAAAAAAUGAGACUAAGUCUUUAAAAAAUGAUGUGAUAAAGCUGUCUAAAAAACUUCACCUGCAAAAAAAAGAAAAUCAAAAGAAAGUGAAAGAAAAAGUGUAUGACUUGUUAAGACCAGUUUUUACAAUUGGACAGAUACACAAACUCAUGAGUCCCAACAAGAAAAGAAUCAAAUGGAGCGAAGAAGACAUAGCAUUUGCUAUUGCACUUAGGAGCGUAUCACCAGAAGGUUACAGUUACAUAGUAGUAACGCAAGUAACAGAUAUUGGAUCAACAAAUACUUCUGUUUGGAGUUCACUUAACAUAGGCACAGGCGAAAAUGAAAAUUGUUUUUUCCUACACCCACAAGAUCCAAAUCUCAAAGUUUUCGUCUUUGCUGACACACCGCAUUUAAUUAAAUUAAUACGAAACAACUUUAUUGAUUCUGGAUUUAAUUUGAAUGGAGUACAAUUAAAUAAAGACUGCGUUGAAGAAAUUUCAUUAUUAAAUGAACAAGAAAGCAAAGACUCAGCACGAGAUCUAAGAAUUCCACACAAGCUUACACGGAAACAUUUAGAUUGCUCUAGUUCGGAACGCCAAAAAGCUUCGUUGGCCAAUCAACUUUUCUCACACACAACUGCUCAGGCUAUACAAUUUUUUGGACAAAAUAAUUUUUCAUACAGCGAUAAUUGGGAGGAAUGUUCAGAAUUUUUCGAUGCUAUGAAUGAUUGGUUUGACUUAUUUAAUAGUAAAUUCAAGAAUAAUAAAACCAUUGCAAAAAGUGCUUAUGUUGUAAAUAUAGACCAACAAAAUGAAGUAUUAUCAAAGAUGAUGAAUUAUAUGAAAAGUAUUCGAGUUGGAAACCAUAGAACUUUAUUACCGUUCCAGAAAGGAAUUAUUUUAAAUAAUACUUCAUUACCGCAAUUAUUGUCGUAUUUGAAAGGAAAAUACAGUACAGAAGAAUUUGAAAUUCAAUACAUUCUAACAGCACGUCUAAAUCAAGACUAUAGAUUACAAUGGUACAUAUUAGGUAGACAUAGCUGUGAUUUAUUUGUUGAAAAUUGCAACACUGAAGGUGACAAUGAUGUUGACUUGGUCGAUGCAUCUCAAUGCGAUGAAAAUUCAAGCUCUGAAACUAGGAAACAGAUGGUGCACAAAGCACUUUUAUUAUUUAGAGAUGAAGAAAUGAACGAUUCUACUGACGACGAUGAAAGUGAUUGA